CAGGACUGAUUAGCCAUGACGUCUAUAAAGGAGCAGGCAGCAAUUAGCAGGCUCCUGAGUUUUUUGCAGGAGUGGGACAAUGCUGGCAAAGCUGCAAGGAAUAACAUUCUUAAAAUUUUCAUUGAAUCCAAUCAAGGCAAGACUGCCCCUGAACUGGAGCAGGAGUUUUCCCAGGGAGCCAGCUUGUUCCUAGUGCGUUUGACCACCUGGCUCAGAAUCACCUACAUGACUGGCUUGUGCUUAGAAAAGAUCCUGAGGUCCAUUGGCAUUUUCUUGUCAGCUGUGAGCAGCAACCGGUACCUGGUAGAAUUUCUUGAGGUUGGAGGUGCCCUAACACUCUUGGAAAUCCUUGGGUUGGAGAAGAUCAAGGAAGAGGACAAGAAGGAAUCCAUCAAACUCCUUCAGAUUAUCGCAAACUCUGGCAGGAAGUACAAGGAGCUCAUUUGUGAAAGCUAUGGUGUACGAUCCAUAGCAGAAUUUCUUGCAAAGUCUAAGUCAGAAGAAACCCAGGAGGAAGUGCAGGUUCUGUUGGAUUCUUUGCUACAUGGAAACCCCAAGUACCAGAAUCAAGUAUAUAAAGGUCUAAUAGCUUUGCUGCCCUGCGUGUCUCCCAAAGCUCAGCAGCUGUCCCUGCAGACCCUCAGGACCGCCCAGGAAAUCAUUGGAACGACACACCCCAGCAUCGUGGACUGUGUGCUGAAGGUGCUGGGCACGAUGCAUCUGGAAGUUCAGUAUGAAGCCAUCGAGCUGAUCAAGGACCUGGUCAACUACGACGUGCGUUUCCCUCUACUCAAGGGCCUGGUGGCCCUGCUGACACCAUCCUUGGAGAAGUCCAAACUGCGCUCCAAGAUCCUCGCGGAGUCCUCGGUUCUCGAUUUCACCACCCACCUGCCAGUAUUCUUGCAGCAGGCUGCGGCCGCCAAGACCAUCGGGGUCCUGGCGCGCGGCAGCCUGAGCGUCGCGGAGGACCUGCUGCACAUGCGCGUGGUGCACAGCCUGCUGGCCGCCAUGGGCAACACGGACCACAGCAACAGCCAGAGGCUGGCCAGCCUGACGCUGGAGGUCUUCGUGCAGAUGUUCCCGGUGGUGGAGGAGCACGUGCGCGAGUCCAUGGGGGAAGAGCUCUUCCAGCUUUUCCUCGAAAGCGCUGAGGACCUGUACAGGAAGAUCGAUAGCAUCCAGGCGGACAUCUUGGCAGCCAACAAGGUCAAUGUUACCAAAGCGUUACACUUCCACAGAGGCUCCAGCGGCCGCAACUUCGCCUUUCUCCCCGACUUUGAUGAUUCCAAUCAGAUGGAAUACAUCACAGCCAUGGAAGAGGAAGAGGAAGGGAGGGUAGAAGAGGAGGAGGAGGAAGAAGAAGAAGUGGAGGAGGAGGAGGAAGAGAUAGAGGAAGAAGAGGAGGAAAAGGAAGAGGAGAAAGUGAAGAAGGAUAUGGAAUGAAAAGAGUAAUUGUUCCUAUGUCAAACCCAGGCCAAGGUCUUUCCUUAUCGGGAACCUCCCCCGGCUUCCUGGGUGGGAAGUUGGGGGUGGGGAGAGAGUUAGCUGCUGUCUGGGAAGACUUCAAUAAACAGUUUCAACAUCUG